AUGGCGUCGACCGCAAUCGAGGGCCAGGGACAAUUGAACUCGGAGCCUUCGCAGCCAGAGGAACGUGCUGAGCAUGAUCUACCACCGAAGUCCUACGCUGAAGCAGCAAAACCCGAGACGGACGGCCUAAACGGGGACGCUGUCGAACGAGAGCCUAAUCCGAAGCACAAGAGCGCGGUCAACGGCUUUGCCCCUCGGCCACUGCUUAAUGGUCACAAGGAUAGACAACCACUGGACGAGGACAGAACAAUCUAUGAGAAGCACGUCAACCAAAAUGGGGAGAUUUUGACGAGUAUCAAGCCGAGUGAAAAUUAUGAGGAGAGUUUGAAACACAAUGGAGAAACCGCACCUCGAGAGAAGAAAGCCACCAGGCCAGCCAAACGGCAGGACCGGACACGGGACGAGCUCGCGAGCGGCAGACAAGCUGGAGCGGGCUGGGAGAAAUCAGCGAUCCGGUGGGCACCCCUCAACGUGCCUUUGCAACGCAGAAUACAGACUCUAGCUGUCUUAUGGCAUACCACGAGCAUCCCGCUCCUGCUGUCCUUCUUUUUCCUCUUAUGCAGCAUCCCUCUUACUUGGCCUCUUCUCAUCCCAUACCUCAUCUACAUCCUCCUCAUCAGCGAGGCAGCCACUGAUGGCACGCUCAAACGGAGAUCACAAUGGCUGCGUGGUUCGAAAUUCUGGUCUGCGUUCGCUUCCUAUUUCCCUGCUCGACUCCACCGCACUGUCGAACUAGAACCGACCAGGAAAUACAUCUUCGGAUAUCAUCCCCACGGGAUUAUUUCACACGGAGCAUUCGCCGCGUUUGCGACCGAGGCCCUAGGCUUCUCUGAGUUGUAUCCGGGAAUCACGAAUACUCUGUUGACGCUGGAUGCAAAUUUCCGGGUGCCUCUGUACCGGGACUACGCGUUGGCUCUGGGUCUGGCAUCUGUAUCGCGCGAGUCGAUUGAAAACAUCCUGUCUAAAGGCGGUCGCAACGGCGAGGGGAUGGGCCGGGCAGUGACAAUUGUCAUUGGCGGGGCACGAGAAUCCCUUGACGCACAGCCGCACUCUCUCCGGCUUGUGCUGAAGAGCAGGAAGGGGUUUGUCAAGUUAGCCAUCCGCACAGGCGCCGAUUUGGUUCCCGUCCUUGCGUUCGGUGAGAACGAACUGUACGACCAAGUUGACAGUGUCGAACAUCCUUGGAUCCACAAGUUCCAGAUGCUCGUAAAGAAGGCAAUGGGUUUUACAAUCCCACUCUUCCACGCCAGAGGCAUAUUCAACUACGACGUCGGGCUAUUGCCGUACCGACGAGCGAUCAACAUUGUGGUCGGCCGGCCGAUCAAGGUCGUGCAGCAGGGUGGAAAGGAUGGCAAGGUUGAUGAGAAGUACUUGGAUCAAGUACAUCAGGAGUAUGUGGACGAGCUGGUUAGGUUGUGGGACGGCUACAAAGACACUUUUGCAAAGGACCGGGAAGGUGAGUUGGAGAUCGUAGAGUAG